GUUUCUUUCUGAUCAAGCAAUAUCCAUAGUACUCCACGAAAACCAUGGCAGAAAACCAACACCACCUCUUCCACCACAAUAAAGAUGAAGUAAACCCUAUUGGUGCAGAAAAACCUGUGGAUUACAGGAAGGAGGAGAAGCACAAAAAGCAUCUCGAGCAAACAGGUGGGCUUGGUGCUGCUGCAACCGGAGUUUAUGCCUUGCAUGAGAAGCAUGAGGCAAAGAAAGACCCACAGCACGCCCACAAGCACAAGGUGGAGGAGGAGAUUGCAGCAGCAGUUGCAGUAGGGGCUGGUGGGUAUGCUUUCCAUGAGCAUCAUGGGAAGAAAGAUGCAAAGAAACAAGAGGAAGAGGCACAUGGAAAGCAGCACCACCAUCUCUUUUAACUGUCUUUCUAUUUCUCAUCAUGUCAUGUUACUGAUCAUGCAUGACCAUGGUAAACGACCACCCUAAUUAAAUAAUAUUAUUACGUGUCAGUUUUUUUAUGUCUUGGUUGAUAUUCAAUAUGUAUAGGGUGCUAUCUGGUGCGAUGACGAUGAUGAUGUUCACAAAUAAUAUUAUUGUAAGCUUCUUUGAA